CUAUAUUUCAGUUUUGCUCCACUCUUCUUCAAAAUUAAGAAUUGGUUAGAUCGAGUUCUCAAAAGAACUGCUUCAAAAAAAGAGUUCCCGAAAAGUUGUUGUUGUAUUGAAUAAGUUAAUGGAUACAUUUUUCGUAUCUCAUGGACCUCCAUCCAUGGCAAUCGAAGAAUCUCUACCUGGCCGGAAUUUCUUGAAAUCAUGGGAAGAUAAUAACUUAGUUCCACAAAAACCAAAAUCAAUUCUAUUAAUCUCUGCUCACUGGGAUACCUCAGAACCUAGCGUAAACAUCAUCGACGGUCCCAAUGAAACCAUCUAUGAUUUUUAUGGCUUCCCUUCUUCCCUCUACCAGUUCAAGUAUCCGGCACCAGGAGCACCGGAAUUAGCAAAGCGAGUCAAGGAAUUGUUGAUGAGUAACGGCGGGUUCGAGCACGUAAGGGAAGAUAAAAAGCGAGGGUUAGAUCAUGGAGCUUGGACGCCCCUGAUGUUGAUGUACCCAAAGGCAGAUAUUCCUGUGUGUCAACUUUCAAUUCAGAGCAAAAAUGACGGAAGGUAUCAUUAUAACAUGGGAAGGGCACUGAGUCCUCUUAGAGAGGAAGGUGUUCUUAUUGUUGGCUCAGGAAGUGCAACUCACAAUUCUAGAGUCCCAAUGAUUACUGAUGGUUCAGUUGCUCCAUGGGCUAUGGAGUUCACUACUUGGCUCACGGAGUCCCUCUGCAACGGAAGACAUGAAGAUGUGAAUAAUUAUGAGAGUAAGGCGCCUCAUGGGAAGAAAGCACAUCCAUGGCCAGAUCACUUUUAUCCAUUGCAUGUAGCAUUGGGAGCUGCUGGUCCAACUUCAAAAGCGGAAUUGGUCCACCAGAGUUGGCAAUAUGGUUCACUUUCUUAUGCAUCUUACCGUUUCUCUACAAUAUAGCUUUUCUCAUGUUCUGAAUCUUUGACUACUCCUUUCAAAAAUGAUUAUCAAACAUAAUAUUGCUAUGUAUAAUAAAAACAGUUUGAUGUGGCCAAUUGUAUUUGAAUCUUUACCUCGUUGUACUUCCGAUCUUGAUCAACAUAUACUUCUUUGGUUUAUGUAAAAGUGGUAAACAGAGCUAGUACUAUUACUAUAUACCAUUGUUUAUAUAUUUUUCUUAUUAUUUUUUAUUUA